AUGGCUAGCACUGAAGAAGAAAUUAUGACUCAAAUUACAGAAUUUAUCCCUUUGGGUUUUGGAGAUCUCCAUGGCCUUCAGUUUCUUCUUUUUGGAGUAUUUAUGGUCAUCUAUGUGGUGACUGUCAUGGGCAACAUUGUAAUCCUAACUGUGGUGUCAGCUGAUCACUCCCUUCAUACCCCCAUGUAUUUCUUUCUUGGCCACUUCUCCUUCCUAGAGAUUGGCUACACCACUACCAUUGAGCCCAUGAUGCUAAGGACAUUUUUAUCAGCUCAUGUGCUUAUUUCCUUCCCAGGCUGUGCUUGCCAGUUUUAUUUUUUGGGGGCUCUGGUGGCCACUGAAUGCUUCUUCCUGGCUGUAAUGUCUUAUGAUCGGUAUAUAGCCAUCUGUAACCCAUUGCAUUGCUCCAGCAUAAUGGACUACUGGGGUUGCUUACAGCUAGCUGGUGCCUCUUGGGAAGCUGGAUUUCUGUCACCCAUCCUUCUCAUGAUCUUCAUUUUUCGGUUAACAUUCUGCACUGCCAAUGAGAUUAACCACUUUUUCUGUGAUUUGAAGCCCAUCAUGAAACUGGCCUGCACUGACAUCAAGGUAGUUGUUUACCUACCUAAAGUAAAGUCUGAACCAUAUAAUGUCUUAAGGAUAUUUCUAGUUCUUGCAAUUGGAGAUUUGUCUUGGGGCAAAUUUGGCAGUAGAAUUUGUGGACUCUAUCCCAAACCAACUCUGACAGCGUAUCCUGGGCCCAUUAUGGCACCUGGGGAAAGCAUGAACCUCAGGUGUCAGGGGCCAAUCUAUGGAAUGACCUUUGCUCUAAUAAGGCUUGAAGACUUGGAGAAAUCCUUUUACCGCAAGAGGCCGAUAAAAAAUGAGGCAUAUUUCUUCUUCCGGGCUUUGAAAAUCCAGGAUGCUGGACAUUACCUCUGUUUUUACUAUGAUGGGUCAUACAGGGGUUCACUCCUUAGUGAUAUCCUGAAAAUCUGGGUGACCGACACUUUUCCCAAGACCUGGCUACUUGCUCAGCCCACUCCUGUGGUCCAGAUGGGUCAGAACGUGAGCCUGUGGUGUCUAGGGCCAGUGAAUGGAGUGGGACUUGCACUCUAUAAGAAAGGAGAAGACAAACCACUUCAGCUCUUGGAUACCACCAGCACUGAUGACAAUGAGUCAUUCUUCCUCAACAAUGUGACCUAUAGUGAUGCUGGCAUCUAUAGCUGCCACUAUCUCCUCUCCUGGAAGACCUCCAUCAGGAUGACAUCACACAACACCGUGGAGCUCGUAGUUGUAGAUAAGCCCCCCAAACCCUCCCUGUCGGCCUCGCCCAGCACCGUGUUCAAGCUAGGAAAGGCCAUUACCCUUCAGUGCCGAGUACCUCAUCCAGUACUUAAAUUUUCUCUGGAAUGGGAAGAAAGAGCAACAUUCCAAAAAUUCUCAGUGGAUGGAGACUUCAUCAUCAGUAAUGCUGAAGGAAAAGGCACAGGGACCUACAGUUGCAGCUAUCGCAUAGAGGCACACCCCAACAUCUGGUCAGAUCGCAGAGAGCCUCUGAAGCUGAUGGGGCCAGCAGGCUCCUGCUUCUGGUCUUCUCUGGCCACAGGCUUUCUCACCUGGAAUUACAUUCUGAAUGAAGCUAUCAGGUUGUCCCUAAUCAUGCAGCUUGUUGCCUUGCUGUUGGUAGUGCUGUGGAUAAGGUGGAAGUGUCGGAGACUCAGAAUCAGAGAAGCCUGGUUGCUGGGAACAGCUCAAGGGGUCACCAUGCUCUUCAUAGUCACGGCCCUUCUCUGCUGUGGUGAGUACAAGGGGGUGGGGAAGGGGUCUGGGCAGAAGGCCGGGUGA